AUGGCUACUAGACGACUCGCCACCUGGUCGCACAACCUACAAUACUCAGACCUCCCAGAAGAUGUGGUCCGCGCAGCUAUCCGAAGCUUCUACAACUGGGUCGGCUGCACCAUAGCAGGAAGUCGGCAUGAAGCCACAAAUAUUGCCUAUCAAACACUGUCGCCCUUCUUCGGUUCACCUACAGCGUCUCUCCUUGGACAUCAGGGAACUUCGCGUUCGGACGCUCAGCAUGCGGCGUUGAUCAAUGGUAUAGCGUCGCAUGUCCAUGAUUAUGAUGACACGCACCUUGACACCAUCGUUCAUCCGACAGGACCGGUGGCGAGCGCUCUUCUUGCUGUGGCAGAAUGGAAAGGAAGUAUUUCAGGAAACCAAUUGAUCACCGCUCUCGUAGCUGGUAUAGAAGCCGAAUGCAAGGCUGGACUUGCUGUCUGGCCCGAACACUAUGAUGUGGGUUGGCAUAUUACCUCAACCGUCGGAUCGAUCGGAGCGGCAGUCGCAGUCUCGAAAAUCCUAGGAUUAUCACCAAUAAAGACCACCCAUGCCAUCGGUCUCGCGGCUACACAAGUCAUCGGCCUGCGAGAGAUGUUCGGUUCACACUGCAAAUCAUUCCACCCUGGCCGCGCCGCUCAAAACGGCCUGUUAGCUGCUGUCAUGGCUGAAGGAGGUUAUACUAGCAGUGGAGGUGCACUGGAAGCGAAACGGGGUUGGGCUGCAGUCGUCGGCACCAACAAGCCCGAUGUGCUCCAAAGCCUGGAUCACUGGCUCAGUACCACGAAUGAGGAUGGCUUGUCUAGCCAAGGCACCGGUCGCUGGGAGAUUCUGCGGAAUAGCUUCAAGCCUUUCCCGUGCGGAAUCGUCAUCCAUCCUAUCAUUGACGCUUGCAUACAAUUACAUGCGGAAUUGACCAGGCAGGGACACAGCCCAGAGCAAAUCGAAUCUGUCACGGCCGAAGUCCACCCUCUCGUGCUGGAACUCACCGGGAAGAAAACCCCUAAAGAUGGCCUGGAAGCAAAGUUUAGCGUUUAUCAUAGCGGUGCAUGCGGUCUUCUCCUCGGCAGAGCCACACCGUCAGAGUACGAAGACGAUGUUGUACUCGAUCCCGCUGUUAUUGCUAUUCGCGAUCGCAUCGUUGCAAAGAUCGAUACAAGCAUCACACCAGACUCAGCACGGGUCAGUGUUAUUCUUCAAAACGGACAAGUUUUCACGAACCAUGUAGAGCAUGCAGUUGGCAGUAGCUCAAAUCCUCUGAGCGACACAAAACUGAAGGAGAAGUUUAUUGAUGGAUGCAGGAGCGUUGGAAUACGUGACGCUGAAGCUGUUAGCCAAAAAUGCUGGGGGCUAGAAACGGUGGAAGACAUACGGCAACUUACAAAGCACCUGUAG